AUGGCCACCCAAAACGAGUCGCGACCGCCUUUCCCGCCCUUCACCGAGGAAACAGCGAGAACCAAAGUCAAGGCGGCCCAAGACGCCUGGAACACCAAAAACCCGGCCAAAGUCAAGCUGGCAUACACGCCCGACACCAUCUGGAGGAACAGGGACACCUUUCUUCAGGGCCGAGAUGAGGUCGAGCAGUGGCUGACCAAGAAGUGGGAGAAAGAGGAUGGCUACCGCCUCCGAAAGGAGCUAUUUGCCUUCACCGACAAUAAGAUUGCCGUCCAAUUCUGGUAUGAGUGGCAUGACGAGUCGGGACAAUGGUGGCGGACCUAUGGUCUCGAAGACUGGACCUUUGCGGAGAACGGGCUCAUGCGUAAGAGGCAGAUGAGCGGUAACGAUGUCAAGAUUGAGGAAUCGCAGAGAUGGUUCAAGGACGGUGUGGACGUAAACACGGUCGCCAUCUCUGAGCAGCACUGGUGA